GCACUGUACUCGUCUGACGAGAAAAAUGACAUUGGUCAGUUCUAACAAUGAAUCGAAAAAUGGGAAAGAUCCUCUUCAGCCAAAUCAUGAAGAUACAACACAAGCAUCUACAAUGUCUGGAUUAUCUGAUUUACAAAUGCAAAGUACAGACGUAGGUGAAAUCACUGAAAUGCCGGAUUUUGAGAUGCUCAGUACAUCCGCAGUACUUCAUUACUGCAAACAUAAAAUAUUAAGGCCUUAUUUGAGAUUAUUAGGAGCAAUGGGUUUGAGACCCAUAAGCAGCGAUGAUUCUGAUCGUAACUCUUGUUAUAGUAUUUUUGUAAAUUUUCAUACUUUUCAAGUCACAAUAUUUAUGUGCAUUGGAUAUAUUUUACAAUAUAUGGCAUGCUUCAGAAGAGACAGAGGAUUUUGCUACGAGAUAUUACCAAUAGCAUUUAAAGUUGCACCAAAUGCAAGCAAGGAGCAUAUACAUGAAAUGCCUUGCUUUGGAAAUAUUGUAUUUAGCUACUUUGUACCUAGUACAUUGCACUUAGUAGCGUAUUUGUAUACAGUAUAUCUAUUUCGUGUUAAAGAAAACGAGCAACUACAAAAUUUAAUGGAGAGAGCAUUCCUUCUCUCUUCUAAUCCCGUAAAUCGUGGAAAUCAAAGGAAACUUGUACAAAUCUUGUGGUUAUUCAUAGCAUUAAGCAUCGUGUGGAUAAUCAUGGCGCUAAUUACAGUAAAUGUUUUGAUGGCCAGAGGCAAUAUCGUAUUUCAAUGGUUAGAACGCAGUCCAUAUCAAAUAAAAAUAACAUUGAAAGUAUUUUUAAUCGUAUGCACAUUAUGGCACGAUAUGGUUCAAGGAACAAUAAUAACCAGUUAUUGCUUACAAGGGCAACUUUUAUUGGCACAUCUGUACUUUCUUCGCGGAAAAUUACUUCAUCAUACUUUACCUGUUAUGGAUUGGAUGAGGGAAAUUUGUGAAUUCAAAAAAUUGUUAAAAUAUUUUAACGAUGAAUUGGGCCCAGCUGUCUGUAUCUAUACGGUUGUAAACUUAUCGUGGGCAACCGCAGGGACGGUUUGGUUACUUCGAUACGAUAAUAACAACGCGCAAAAUAAUCCUGUUACUUGGGUUGCAAUAAUAAACGUCCUUCUGUGGAUUUUAAUAUCGAUAGCUCCUUUUAUUCAGGCUGCUCGUUUGACUACUGCCUGUUCCAUGAUUCAAAGUAUCGGGCACGAAGUACGCAUUCGACCAUUUGUUUAUCAAUGCACUCCGGGCGAGGAUCUCGACACUAUACUUCUGUACACAUCGUCAUUAAAAAUGUGCGCCAGACUUUUCAGAGUUCCGAUCACGGGCAGGUAUCUUUGUCUCCUGCUGACUAUAAGCAGCAUCUUGAUUCUCACGCUAGGACAGUGUGAAUUUCUGUGAUAAUCGUAUUACGUUCAAUCCAAUUUUACAAAACAGCUUUUUGUAUAUGCUUCAUUUUA